AGCGUGUCUCUUUCUAGACCUUUCCCUCCAUUUCUUCUACACACUUUUUCUUCCUUUACUCAUCACUGUCUCUUCCAUUCGAAAUCCAUUCUCUGGAACUCACAUUCCAAGCAUCGUUAUCUCUCUCUCCGUCUCUCCAUGGCUACGCUAACUGCAGCUUCUUCUUCUUCUUCUUCUUACAUGUGCUUAACCAAGGUAUCAUCACCUCCAUUACCUUCCACUUCAUUCCCCAUUUCGUUCCCAUAUCAUCCGAAGCUCCCUCGCGAUUCUUCUUUCUCUUUGGCUUCCCCUGUGACUUCAAGGACAAGCGUUCGGUUCAAUCCGUCUUUUGCACGGGACGACGAGUUCGGUGAUUUUGUGGAAAUGAAGGAAACAAGCGAGACGCGUUUGUACUCUCUAUCGCCUUUUCCUUUACUGUUCAUCGCUGCGCUUCCUGGAGCGGGAACUGUGAGGUCUCUCUUUGGUCCUUUCGUUGAGCUUGUUAAAUCUUGGAAUCUUCCUGAAUGGCUGGUACAUUGGGGUCAUCCUGGCAACAUGGCUGUUGUGCUCUUCGCCAUGGGUGGCUAUGGAACAUAUUUAGGUUUUCGAAUCCGUUACUCUGACAACGUGGAGGAGAAGGCUAAUGCCAAAGACUUGCAUCCAAAGCUUCUAGGCGGGAUGUUUUUCUUUUUCGCUCUUGGAGCAACAGGUGGAAUCACAUCUCUACUUACAUCAGACAAACCUAUAUUCGAGAGUCCGCAUGCUGUAACGGGGUUCAUCGGCCUCACACUCUUGACUGUACAAACUCUCCUGCCUUCACUUUUUGAGAAUAAUCCUGGGCUGAGGAAUGUUCAUGGUAUUUUGGGUAGUGGAAUCAUGACACUGUUUCUCAUCCAUGCUGCACUUGGACUUCAACUUGGCCUCAGUUACUAAAUCUUAACGGCAUGUAUUGAAGAACCGCAUAGGUUAUUCCGAAUCUUUCUUUCAAUACAAUCUUCUUUCAUCGUCACGCAGCCUGCAAUCGUAACAAAGAUGCCUUGGCGCAAUCCCCUCUCAGAUGAGGAAAACUUCAUUUUACUGCCUUUUCCUCGGGUAUUAUUCCGGGCUGCCUUCCGUGUUCACUGUUUAUUCAUUGUUCUCAUAUUUUCACCAAUCUAUGUAGGGCCUUUCAUUUGCUACUUAUUCUUUUUCUUGCUGUUGGUGAUAGUAUAUGUUUAAUCUUGUUUUCUAAUUGCUUUGUUAUGUAUAUUGAGACAAUCAAUUUAUAUGUUAAGUGUGAUCAUGUGUAUUAAUAUACGGUUUGAACCCUUGAGAUGGUUUUC